AUGACCCCUUGUUUAGACGAUCGAUUUAAACCAGCAAUUAAGCAGUUUGGCAAAGCAAUCAGUGGAGCACAACCAUUUUCAGAGAAUGCUAGGCUUUCAUGCGCAACGACAACAAACAAAAAUUUAGGAAUGGCUGUUAGUGCAAUUUAUAUUAAAGAACAUUUUCAUGAAUCAGCCAAGACAGAAAUCGGUGAUAUUGUUAAAUCAAUGAUUGAAGCUUUUCGACAGAAUUUAGAUAAUACUGUUUGGUUAGACGAGGAAACAAAACUCAAAGCGGAAGAAAAAAUUAAUAAAACAAGAUUUGCAUUAGGAUAUCCGGAUUUCUUAUUGAAUAAAACUGCACUAAAUGAAUAUUAUGGGGAUUUAGUUAUAGAAUCUGGAAAAUAUUUCGAAAACAUUUUAAAUGUUCGAAAAUUUCAAAUUACAAAAGGUUUUAAGAAAUUAAAUAAUGAUGAAAGUAUUUAUGAAGAUGAUUGGUUUGAACCGCCAACAGUUGUUAAUGCGUAUUUUGAAAAUGAUAAAAACAGAAUUUUACUGCCAGCAAGUUUUUUGCAACCACCAAUUUAUCAUAAAGAUUUUCCUAAUGCCAUAAAGUAUGGUGCAAUUGGUGCAUUCAUUGGGCAUGAAGUAACACACGGAUUCGAUUCGAAUGGUCGAAGUUUUAAUAAAAAAGGAAAAUUUGAAAGUUGGUGGACAAAUAGCUCUCUGGAAUCAUUUACAGAAAGGGAACAAUGCUUUAUUGAUCAGUAUGAUCAAUUUUCGCUUUAUAAUGAAUCUAUUAGUGGUGAUAUAAGUAAAGGAGAAAAUAUAGCUGAUAAUGCAGGAAUUCAGUUAGCAUUUAAAGUUUAUAAUCAAUGGUUAAAAACAAGAACAAAUAUUGAAAAAGAAGCUGAAAUGUUACCUGGUUUAGAGUUUCUAUCAUUAACACAAUUAUUCUUUUUAAGUUAUGCUCAAUCAUGGUGUGAUUAUGUUAGACCUGAAGCAGCUAUUGCUAAAUCAUCUGAUGAACAUCCACCAGGUUCAGUGAGAAUUCUGGGAACACUUCAAAAUUUUGAUGAAUUCUCAAAAGCUUUUCAAUGUUCGGAAAAUUCGAAAAUGAAUCCUUCUAAAAGAUGCAAGUUAUGGUAA